CAUCUCCACAUAAAGCAGCCGGGGGAUUUUUCCUCCCCUCCUCACUCUGCAGCAGCACACAAAGAGGAAGAAGAUGGAAAAGUCAUUGUGCACGCUGGCUGCUGCUGUGAUUUUUUUGGGAGGAUUUUUAGAUGCAGCGCUGACAAACGAUACAACAACAACAACUGAGGUUAAUUCAUUCUUCAGCUACAACACGACUGCUGCAGUUGCGUCUGUCACUGUGCAGCCGCAGGAUCUCAGCACAGACAGACCGACUCCAACAGCAGCACAGACACAGUCGCCCUCCAGCACUGUCACGCAGCCGGACACCAAAAACUCCAGCGAGGAAGAAAACAACAAUAAAGACAGCAAAACAAAGCUGGUCAAAAACACCAGCGAAGAAGAAAACAACAAUCAAGAUGAAAAAGAAACAGAUGACAGCAAGAAAAAACCGGACUGUCCUCCCCUCGGCCUCGAGUCCCUGCGGAUCGACGACAGCCAGAUUCAGGCGUCCUCCUACCAGCGGACGGGGCUGGGUCCUCACAGAGGGAGGCUGAAUAUCCAGUCUGGCAUCGAGGACGGGGACCUCUAUGACGGCGCCUGGUGUGCAGAGUAUAAGGACCGGUACCAGUGGCUGGAGGUGGACGCCAUCCACCUCACCUUGUUCACCGGGGUCAUCCUGCAGGGCCGAAACUCCAUCUGGAGUUGGGACUGGGUCCACACCUACAAGGUCCAGCUGAGUAACGACUCUGUGAGCUGGAAAACCUGCAUGAACGGGACAGAGGAGGCGAUCUUUGAGGGAAACCAGGAUCCAGAGACCCCGGUGCUCGGACUCCUUCCUGAACCCACUGUUGCCCGUUUUAUCCGCAUCAACCCUCAGACCUGGUUCCCCAACGGCACCAUCUGCCUCCGGGCUGAGAUCCUCGGCUGUCGACUUGACGAUCCGUCAGACAUCUACUCAGAGCAGGAGCUGGGAUCAAAAGACGCUCUGGACUUCAGACAGCACAACUACAAAGAAAUGAGGAAGCUGAUGAAGUCUGUGACGGAGGAGUGUCCGGACAUCACUCGCAUCUACACCAUCGGGAAGAGCUACAUGGGCCUCAAACUGUACGUCAUGGAGAUCUCCGAUAACCCUGGAAAACAUGAACUAGGUGAGCCGGAGUUUCGCUACGUGGCCGGGAUGCACGGGAACGAGGCUCUUGGCCGAGAGCUCGUCCUCAACCUCAUGCAGUACUUGUGCAAAGAAUACAAGAAGGGAAACCAACGUGUAGUUCGGCUGGUGACUGAGACACGAAUCCACCUCCUGCCCUCCAUGAACCCCGAUGGAUACGAAGCUGCAUAUGAGAGGGGCUCUGAACUGGCUGGCUGGGCUUACGGAAGGUACAACUACGAAGGAAUCGACCUGAAUCACAACUUUCCAGACCUGAACAGCAUUAUGUGGGACGCCCAGGAGACGGCAGCAGACAGAUCUAAAGUCACCAACCACUACAUCCCCAUCCCAGAGUACUACACCAAAGAAGACGCCAUGGUCGCACCAGAGACUCGAGCCGUCAUCAGCUGGAUGCAGGAUAUUCCCUUCGUGCUCAGCGCAAACCUCCACGGGGGAGAACUGGUGGUCACGUACCCCUUUGACUGCACCCGAGACUGGGCCCCUCAGGAGGACACCCCCACGGCGGACAACGCUUUCUUCCGCUGGCUAGCAACUGUCUACGCCUCGACUAACCUGGUGAUGUCCAACCCUGACCGCCGCAUUUGCCACUACGAGGACUUCCAGCGUUACAACAACAUCAUCAACGGUGGCGCCUGGCACACCGUCCCCGGCAGUAUGAAUGACUUCAGUUACAUGCACACCAACUGUUUCGAGGUGACGGUGGAGUUGUCGUGCGAUAAGUUCCCUCAUGCCAGCGAGCUUCCCAUCGAGUGGGAGAACAACAAGGAGUCUCUGCUGGUUUACAUGGAGCAGGUACACAGAGGCAUCAAAGGCGUCGUCAGGGACAAACUGACCAAACAGGGAAUAGCCGACGCCGUAAUCAAAGUGGAGGACCACGACCACGACAUCCGAUCAGCGGCUGACGGGGACUACUGGCGCCUCCUCAACCCAGGCGAGUACAAGGUGGUGGUCUGGGCCGAGGGUUACUUCCCGUCCGUGCGUCACUGCCGCGUCGGGAUGGAGCCGCGUCCCACCAUCUGUGACUUCACCCUGACCAAGACACCCAUCCAGAGACUGAAGGACAUCCGGGCCCAGGGUGGGAAGAUCCCCCAGGACCUGCAGCUGCGUCUCCGCGCUUUGAGGCUCCGCAAGCUCCGCGCCACCACCAAGGUCCUCAACCAGCGCAGGGAGAGCCAGCGGCUGCUGCAGACCAGGAAAGCUCGGUCGCCCGGAGCCCGGCGAGCAUGAGGACACGGGCCCAAAGAUGCCUCAGAGAUGAGCUGGAUUAAAGUUGGUGCACACGGAGAAAACUGACCUCUGCAGACGCUGACAUGGUCCUACAAGAGAGGACACUAUUAAAGGGUCAGUUCACCUAAUUCACUAAAAUAUAUUUUCUGCAUAGCCCCAGUAAAACCAAGACAGGCAGAGCUUCAUGUAGGGUGAAAUACUGCCUCUGAGAUUUGUAUGUGCCACCUUUUAAAUAUCAAAUAAAUAUAAACAUAUUUGGGUGUACUGACCCUAUGAAACCAUGAUGGUCACACAAACUCUUACACAUGUUGACUGGAUACGUAACCCUUUAAAACCUGAGCAAAUUGACUUGAUUUGUCUCAAAAACAAAGAAAGCAAUGAGCAACUUAAAAAGAAAUAGCCAAAAAAUAAGCAAGAGAUUAGUGCAAAGUUAUAGUUAGUUACACAGUUAUAUAUUCUAAUAAUGCUGAUGAAAUAAUAUUUUUUUUCUUGUUUAUAUCUAAUAAUCCCCCCACAGCUAAUUUUCAUUUUCUU